AUGAAGGACAAAAACGGCCUCAAUCUAAAUCCGACGCAAGAAGAAACUCGCAACGCUGACAAUGGAGACGGAGACAGGCUUAGCAAGCUGCCCAAUGACCUUCUGCUCAACAUUCUGGAGAGGGUGGACACGCUCGACGCUAUAAGGGCCUGCGUCCUAUCCAGGCAAAUGCUCAAGCUCCCCGCUAUGCUCUCACAGCUCUUCCUAAGUGCUGGUUCCAUUCCAGGCCGCCAUGAUAAAGCUCGUGUUUUCAGUCUUCGUGAAUUCCUCCAAAUCAACCGAGCGGUGGCUCAUGUGACUGAUAACAUCUUGAGCACAAGGUGCCCGGAUAUCACCAUCACCAAACUCAAAAUUAGAUUUGUCUUGACGCAGCACGACUCUCCCACCAUUUGCAGAUCUGUUGCCCGUGCCAUGUCAGCCCAAAAAGUUGCCGCGGCUGAAUUUCAGAUCACAACAGAGAAGGCUCGUAAGAUCUGCUCUUUUGCAGAUUUUCUCCGCUUUGGUAAGCAGUUCAAUGAUCUUAUCGGUGCUUGUCCAGAUGCAUUUGUUGGCCUUAGGCACCUGUGGCUGCGCAAUAUGAGGUUUGGUGAACACGACAUCCCCAGCAUCCUCAGCACUUGCAAGCUUUUGGAGUCCUUCUGUUUAACCGAUUGCGACUCAGCGAUCUAUUUUGUGCUGCAAGUAGAACAUGCUCAACUUGUUGAGUUCGUGGUCGACCGGGGGAAAUUUGAGAGAAUUGAACUGACAUAUCUACCAAAACUUCAAAGGGUAUACUGACCGGGGGAAUUGAACUGCUAUAAUAGUUGGUACUCUUAUGAAGAUUUCCUGUAUUUUCUUUUUGUACCACAGCUUUCGAAGCUCACACUUAUGAAAUCUGCCGGCCGUUUGCAAAA